ACCGUGUCCUUUAUUCUGCGUUUUUGUUAUUUUGUAAAUGCAAUAACCCCGCCAAUCGUCCUAUUGCACACAGCAGAGUCUGAGUAUCUACAAUGAUGUCCCCAUGGGAGUUGCUAAGCACCGCCUUGGUGGCGAUGGUGGUGAUGGUCGCCACGUCGUGGGUUAUAUCACGCCGCCGGCAGCACAGCCUCUUCUCUGGACUCGGAUACCCGGGGCCUCCGCCGGAACUCGUGUGGGGCAGCUGGAAGCAACUGCAGAAGGACAGGAUUCCGGUAAUGGGAGAAUGGAUACGCAAAUAUGGCAAGAUCUUCGGUUUCUACCUGGCCGAGAAGCCCUACAUGGUUAUCACAGACGUCGAUGUGAUCAAGGAAAUAUUCAUCAAGGACAGCCGAAUAUUCCAAGAUAGACCAUUGUAUGCCCUUGACGUGGAACCCAUGACAAGCUCCGUCUUUUUUGUCACAGGUUCCGAGUGGAGGAAGGUGCGCUCCAUCAUGAACCAGGGUUUCACAGCCACAAAAGUGAAACUGUACUCCGGCAUCGUGAACAAGUGCGCAGACGUGUUCGUCGACCUGCUGGGAGAACUAUGUUCGAAAUCGAAGGUCGCCGAGAUGUAUGGGCUCGCGCAGAGUUUGGCACUUGACAUCAUCACGAAGGCAGCGUUAGCGUGGGAGAUUGACUGCCAGCGAGAAAGCAAGGACCCUUUCCUCACGUGGAUGCGCAAGGUCUUCGAACAAGCGGACAAAACGGCUCUCGAGAGCUCAUUCGCAUUUCCCGCUCUGCGCCCGCUUUUUCUCCUGUUCUACCCACUGUCGUCCUUUGCUCGCUGCAUGAAGAAAAUGAUGGACGACGUGGACAAAAUCACCGAGGAGCGUCGGACGGGGAAGAGGCCCCGCAGCGAGGACAUGAUACAAAUGAUACUGGACGCCCAGGAGAACGCAAAGAACUGCAAUCACGCCGCCGGUCAGAAGGUUAAAACUCUGGAAGACCGCCACGUCAGUUCGAACGCCGUGGUACUUCUCAUAGCGGGCUUCGACACCACCGCUUCGGCGCUCUCCUUCCUAAUGCACCUGGUAGCCAAGCACCCCGAAGAACAGAAGAAGAUUUUGGACGAACUGGAGGAACGCUUCCCGGGUGUACAAGAACUAUCGUUCGAACAGCUACACGAGCUGGAGAGACUCGACAUGGUGGUCAAGGAAGCCCUACGCCUCUACCCGCCUGUGCCGCUCAUGGUGGCGCGACGUUGCAUACAAAACACGACGGUUCUCGGGCACUUCAUUCCUGCCGGCGUGAACAUCAUCGCGCCUGCGUGGUACGUUCACCGCGACCCGGAGCUGUGGAGGGAGCCGGAGAAGUUUAUGCCCGACCGAUUCUCGGAGGAAGAGUCCAAGAAGCGCCACAGCGCCGCCUACUUUCCUUUCGGCUUAGGUCAGAGGACCUGUCUCGGCAAGCGAGUGGGUCUGAUGACGAUGAAGACUGCCUUGAUAAAAACUCUGCGAGACUACAAGCUGGAAAUCUGCGAAAAGUCGCAAGAUCCCUUGCUCAUGACUGUUCCGAGCCUGGUGGGUAACCCGAUGGGCGGCGUGCAUCUGAAGCUUACUGCACGGCAUGCUUGAGCGUGUUGAAAAAUCUCACAUGUCCAAUGCCUGCGGUAUGUCUGAAAAAAGAAAAAAAAAUACAUUGUAAGACAUCUGUUGUAUGCCUACUUCUCUGUUCGCACUCUCUAUGAUAACCACUGAAAUCUGGACAAAUUAUAGUCGGAAUCUGGGUGAUGAGCAUGCUGAUUCACAUAUUUUGGGAGCGAGCGCGUACUCACGAACUAUGCAUACAUAAGGUACAGCUAUAGUUUCAAAUCGUUUCCCUGCUCGUAUACUUUGCACAGCUAACCAACAUGAGCCUGUGUGAAUGUAGCAGUAUGAAUAUGUAGCACAGCGAAAAAAAUAAAUGACAAGUAAAUUUGGGUAAUUUACGUUACAAUAUUUAGGCUGCAUCUAGUGCUAGCAUCCUUAUUUUCUUUCAAAUAUUAGUUUUCACUCUUGUUGACAUGUCAUCGCCAUUUCAAAAUCCUCUUUGCCCCCAGUCUUGCCCUUAGUUCAGAGAAAGAUUGAUUGCUCCAGCUACUAAACAAUGGAAGGCUAAGUAUCUAUCGGACAGCGUUUCAUUUUUCUCAAUAAGUACUUUAUCUGUGUUAUUGGCCCGCUUGUAGGAUGAGAUCACAUUUUUUUUGUUAGAAAGGGGAAUAUUGUCUUGUAUCUGUGCCUUCUGCCCAUAAUUAUUUGAGUCUGCCAAGUAACUUAUGAAGUGCAAUUCUUGUGCACUACAUUUGGUAAAUAUUUCGAUAUUCUUUCUGGAAGUCUCCACUACCCUUCGUAAUUUUUCAAAUAUUUCAAUAUUUUUAUUAGUCUCUUGAAAUUCAGUAAACACCUUAUGAAAGUCGGUAUCAAAGAAAGUUGAACAGACUGGGGAAAACAAAUUUAUUAGACGUAGGAGAUCACAACAAUGGCACACACCCACUGUGGGGGAUAUUCCAGGAACCGUGUAACAUUGUAGAAAUAAAUAAACAAAAACUCCGUAAUAACCAAUCAUAAAUCAUAUCAAACAAUGCGUAUUACGGUAGUCAGCCUUGUAUUAACAAUAAUAAAUUAGAAGAAAUGAAAACGUAAAGGAUAUAGCUUAUUUUGAAUCUCUUUGACAUCAGGAUCAUAAUUACAAUGGAUAAGUAAAUCGUUGAAAUAUAACAUAGAUUAAAAAUAUAGGAACACUUUAACAAGGAAAGCGAUAUGUUCCGCAGAAGCAAGCAUUCACGGCUCGGUAAGUAAUGCACGUGUAAGCGUAGCGCGAAACGAAAUCCCUACACUUCUGGCACUUUCUCCUCCGGCGGUACAAGCAGUAAACUUUUUGCAGCUGUCGACGUGUCCUGCAUGUCUUGACAAAACCUACCUUCAUAUUAUUGACCUGGCCCUUGCACCACUAAACAUGGUAUUAGCAUCACCGUGCUGUCAUUAUGCGCUCUGGAGUGCUGAAUGUAUCGGCACGUGGCUUUUCAUCACCGCGUAUUCUUUACAAUAAUGCCACAAUUUUAAUUCGUUGAAUUUUGCUUAUCGGCAAGAAUCCCUGCCGAUUUGCCGUAGUUGCUAUAUUUCGUCUCUUGCUUAACAACUGAUGCAGAUAGACAGAAAAGAAAAAGGGAAAGAAGGCAUAUGUUUCUUCACUUGCAACAACAGCUAUAAACGGACUGCUACUAGGAUACGUAUCCGUGUUUGCACAAAUGUCAGGGCGUCUGCCAAGAGGCACCGGGGCGAAGAAAGUUAGAUUAUGGGGGUUUGACGUCCGGUCACGGCACAGCUGUUUAUGGGAGACUCCAUCGUGAAAGGCUCCGAAUAGAAUUUGACCACCAGGCGUUGUUUACCGUGGACCCAAAGCACGGUGCACAGGCGUUCUUCCAUUCCAGCCGCAUCAGAAUGAGGCCGCCACGUUGGAAAUCGAGCCCGCGAACUCAUUCUCAGCAGCACAACGCCAUAGCCACUAAUGAACCGCAGUGGUCGUCUGCCAGGGUACUCGCUGAAGUCGACGCUUUCAUGUCUGGACUCGUUGAACCAGCAUGGCACUAUGAGAAAUUCGUGCUGCUCUAGCAGGGUGAUUAUUUGACGCAGAAUAGUUUCAGUAUAGUGGCAUGACAUCUAAAACUGGUUCACUCGACGCGCUCUCCAAAACUCUUAUCAGCGUGACUUCGUUUCAUUACGUUCUAUACCAAGAGUCUCACAGCUAUUUGGCGAGAGGGCCGGAUGGGAGAUUAUAUGGCGGUAUUGGGGGGCGCACAAUAAAUAAAUAAAUAAAUAAAUAAAUAAAUAAAUAAAUAAAUAAAUCUUACUAAAAACAAGCUUGCAAACAUAUAUAAAGGCACUGGGCGUUAACUAAAACGUUUAUAUAAAUUAUUAAACUAGUUUCUUUAAUAAUUUCUUAUUUUAAUUUUCUUGCGUUCACUGCCUAGAAAACGAGAGUAUUGAUUAUUCUGUGAUUAUGAUUUCGCUUCUGCCGCCAAGUCUACGCGGGUGUAAGGAUUUGAAGGAUUAAACAUUAAUUGUUACAAACAAGCUUGUUCACAUUUCCAUGUAGCAAAGUCUUUUUUUUUUUUUGCUUGUUCACAAUCGUUCUUUCUGCACCAAACAGAUAUUGCCAGGACUUUGAGAUGGUCUCGAAAACGUCACCAUUCAUUACAAAGGGGUAUUUGUUUGGCUAAUCUGUCUUUACAGCAACUCCUGCGUCUCUGCGGCUCUGUGUUGACUUUUGUACAUAGUGUUCAGAUUUCUGUUGUGCAACAAUGUAGGUCAGUUCAUGUAGUAUUGCCAUGAAUAAAUUAGCGUUGUGCGCAGGA